AUGAAGUAUUCUCCAUUGCUGGCCGCUAGUGCGGUGCUCGCCCCAGCUGCAGCACGAGUUCUGCAACCCGAAGAACGAGCCGUUCAACUUCUCUCCAGAGCUCUACCCGCCAACCAACCCCAUGGCUACACACCUCAAACGGGUUCAUGUCCCUCCAACACCCCAUCAAUUCGAUCCGCCGAGAAUCUCUCCCAAAACGAAACGCAAUGGCUGAAGACGCGACGAUCGGCGACCAUUGAUCCCAUGCGAGAUCUGCUGGGUCGCAUGAACAUCACCGGCUUGGAUACGAAUCAAUAUAUUGACAACCACCGUGACAAUGCAAGCGCAUUGCCAAACAUUGGUAUUGCAGUAUCAGGAGGUGGAUACCGGGCAAUGUUGAACGGCGCAGGGUUGAUUCAGGCGUUUGACAGCAGAAGCAACAAUGCAACCAGCGCCGGUCAGUUGGGUGGUCUGCUGCAGUCAGCAACCUAUCUCUCCGGUCUGUCAGGAGGCAGUUGGCUCGUGAGCUCGCUCUACGCAAACAACUUUACCUCCAUCGACGAUAUUCUCGCUCAAGAUACAUCUGACGAUGACUCGGGAAACUUGUGGCAGUUGGGAAACAGCAUUUUUGAAGGUCCAGACACUGGUGGUAUUCAGCUGCUUGACUCUGUGGGAUACUUGAAGUCGCUGGUCGACAACGUAUCUGACAGAGAAGAUGCUGGCUUCAACACCACCAUCACGGAUUACUGGGGCAGGGCAUUGAGCUACCAGCUCGUCAACGCUACCGAUGGCGGUCCUGCGUAUACCUUUUCCUCCAUUGCGCAACAGGAUUGGUUCACAAGCGGCAGUGUGCCACUUCCCCUCGUCGUGGCGGACAACAGGGCUCCCGGUCAGAAGAUCGUCUCCGCCAACUCCUCCGUCUUCACAUUCUCGCCAUGGGAGAUGGGCAGUGAUGACCCCAACACAUAUGCAUUUGCACCGCUGAAGUAUGUGGGAACCAACUUUACCGAUGGUUCGCCAGAGAACAAGGACAAAUGUGUCACUGGGUAUGACAAUGUCGGAUUCGUCUUUGGGACAUCCUCCUCCCUCUUCAACGCCAUCGUCUCGAGAGUUGACUCUGCGAACAACCCAGGAGGUGCAUUCACUGGAGUUGUUCUCGACGCAGUGCAAAAGGUUCUCGGCAAGAUUGGCAAAGCCCAGGAAGACAUUGCUGACUGGGUGAACCCAUUCUACCACUACAACAAUGGCUCCAACGUCAACUCCAUGGACGAGACCCUCACACUGGUUGACGGCGGMAUGGAUGGUCAGAACAUUCCUCUCCACCCCCUCAUCCAACCCAACCGUGAAGUGGACGUCAUCUUCGCCGUUGACAGCUCCGCCGACACAAAUGCCACCUGGCCAACGGACAAGAGCGCUGCCAACUGGCCCAACGGACAGAGCAUGGUGUCCACCUACGAGCGAAGUCUUUCCAAGAUCGCCAACGGGACCUCUUUCCCCGCAGUCCCAGACAUCAAUACCUUCAUCAACAACGGCCUUGCCAACAAGCCCACAUUCUUCGGCUGUGACGCGAAGAACACCACAGGUCCAACCCCUCUAGUGGUCUACAUUCCCAACGCUCCAUACGUUUAUCAAAGUAACUACGCCACCUUUGACCUGCAGUACAACGACACCGAACGCAACGCCAUCAUCCUCAACGCCUACAACGGUGCCACGCAAGGAAACGGAACUCUAGACGCCGAAUGGCCAGCAUGUGUGGGCUGUGCAAUCCUCUCUCGUAGUUUCGAUCGCACCAACAUCGCCGUUCCGGAUAUCUGCACCAAGUGUUUCGAUCGUYACUGCUGGGACGGAUCGUUGAACAGCACGCAACCCGGUGACUACAACCCUCAACUCAAAAUCGCCGAUGCCGAAGUCAAGGUGAAGAAGAGUGGAGCUGGCGUCUUGACUGGCUCCGUUGGUUUCGCUUUGCUGGCGGCGGCAUUGGUAUCUGGUCUUGCAAUUUUCUAG